UGGAACUAUUUAUUAAGGUCAACCUUAUGACCUCAAAAUGAGAGACAUUUCAAGUUUUCGUCUCUAAAAUGGGUUGGGGUUUCAAUACCUGCGGCCCGAAUGAGGCUAUGGUUGUCUCUGGUUGCUUCCAUAAAAGUCCUUUGCUGAUUCCUGGUGGACGAGUGUUUGUUUGGCCAGGAAUUCAGAGAAUAGAAAGAAUUCCACUAAAUACAAUGACACUAAUUAUCGAAAGCCCACGAAUCUACACCCAACUUGGGGUUCCUAUCACAGUAACUGGUGUUGCACAAGUAAAAAUUAAUGGAAGUAAUCAAGAAAUGUUAGCAGCUGCAUGUGAACAAUUUCUUGGCAAAUCAGUCAAUGAAAUACGUGAAAUAGCUCAAGAAACUCUUGAAGGUCAUCAGCGGGCUAUCAUGGGCAAUAUGACAGUUGAAGAAAUAUACAAAGAUAGAAAAAAAUUUUCAAAAGCUGUUUUUGAAGUAGCCAGUUCUGAUUUAGUAAAUAUGGGAAUUAGUGUAGUUAGUUAUACACUAAAAGAUAUCAAAGAUGAUGAGGGUUAUUUACGUUCACUUGGUUUAGCGAGAACCGCGCAAGUGAAAUGUGAUGCACGUAUUGGUGAAGCUGAAGCAAGACGUGAUGCUGGUAUACGUGAAGCGGAAGCAGAAAAACAACGUGUUGCUGGCAAGUUAUUAAAUGAUAUUGAAAUAGCUAAAUCAAAACGUGAUUUUGAAUUACAAAAUGCUGCUUACGAGAAAGAAGUACAAGCACGUAAAGCUGAAUCAGAAUUAGCUUAUGAAUUACAGGCAGCUAAAGUGAAACAACAAAUUAAAGAAGAAGAAAUGCAAAUCACUGUCCUUGAAAAAACUCAACAAAUUCAAGUGGAAGAAUUAGAAAUUGUUCGACAAGAACGUCAUCUAGAUGCAACCGUACGUAAACCAGCCGAAGCUGAACGUUUCCGUUUAGAACGUCUUGCUGAAGCUGACCGAUUACGUUUAACUGCUGAAGCUGAGGCUGAAGCUGAAUCAAUUCGAUUACGUGGUAUAGCUGAAGCGGAAGCAUUACAUGCUAUUGCAAAAGCUGAAGCAGAACAAAUGGCAAAGAAAGCGGAAGCUUGGAAAAAUUAUCAGAAUGUUGCAAAACUGGACAUGGUGCUACAAUCAUUACCAAAGAUUGCUGCUGAAAUUAGUUCACCUUUAACUAAAUGUGAUAAACUUACCAUGGUUUGUACAGGUGAUGGUGAUAUUGGUGUAGCCAAGUUAACUAGUGAAUUAUUUACUAUCAUGAAUAGUUUACCACAAUUAAUUCACACGAUGACUGGUUUAGAUAUGCAUAAAAAUAUUAAAGCUGUUUAAUGCUGGUUUGUUUGGUUGGUUGGUUUUUACGAAUAAAAUCAAUGAAAUUGCACAAUUAUUUAUUAUCAAAUGAAUUUCCUAUUAUUGUUUAAUUUUGUUCCUUUCCUAGAAUAUGUAUUCUUACCAUUUAUAUAUUUGUUUUAUGGAAUGUUUUUUCUUCUUCUGUUGUUGUUUUUUUUUUAAUGUAAACGUUGCCUACUUAUAUUAGUAGUAUGAAUAAAUUUACU